AUGAUGGCUCUGAUACUCUGGUCGAUCGAUAGACGCGAAGACUACAUUUAUCCGCCGUCCAGCUCAGAGGAUCACGCCGAUGCCGAUCGUCUUGUGGCUAAACUUACACAAGUACAUUUCGAUCUUGGUGGCAGUGCUCUGGAUCGUAAAGGGUUUGUACGCGAUGUAUUCUCGUUAGGUGAUCAUCAGUGGAUGAUUUCGGCCCAGCAGUAUUAUUCAUUUAUCGACUACUACGAUAAUCCAAUCGUGCCUAAUGCCGUUUUUAAACUAAUUGAAUGGACCGUUUAUCCGAUUGACUUCACAGACGGUUUUGCGCCUGCAUAUCAUCUCGAGCGCAGUGGGAGUGAAGAAUUUGGCUUUAUCUACAUAUUAGGACGCAAAUUAUAUCCACAUUAUCAUGAAUCGUUGGUUAACUUUUUCAAUCGAUGUCCAUCAUACAUGGAGCUCAAGGCGCUUAUUAUUGGUGACGUGACGGGUGAAGCACCACUCAUAUUCCUCGUUGCGUCUGGUUAUAAGGGAUAA